AUGGCAUCUACAUUACCCACCAUCGUUCUCGUCCAUGGCGCCUGGCAGGUUCCUGCCAGCUAUCAACCUUUUAUCGACACGCUAAUAGCGCUCGGAUUCACCGUGCACUGCCCACGGCUCCCCAGCUGCAACGGAGCGCAGCCACCCACAGCCUCAUUGCCAGACGAUGUCAGCUGCGUGCGAGAAGUGAUUGUAGGGCUAGUCGAGUCCGGAGAACGAGUGCUAUUGGUGAUGCACUCGUACGGAGGCAUCGUUGGAACGGACGCCAGCACGGGACUCAGCAUCCGCGAGCGACAAGCCACUGGCGCGACAGGCGGGAUCAUCCACCUGGUCUAUCUAUGCGCGUACCUCCUCCAGCCGGGGACCUCGGUCCUCGACAUCAUCAACGAAUCCGGUUCCGCGUCGCUUCUGCCGCAGUUUGUGCACGCGGCCGAUGACGGGACCACGUUCCCAGUGGACCCCGUGCGGUCGCUGUUGGGCGGCAUGGACCAGCGCGAUAUUGAUGCUGCGCUGCCGCAUCUCGUGCGCUUCCCAGCCUCGGCUAUGGCGACCCCUGCGGCUGGAGAUGCGUGGCGUCGCAUCCCCAUUACCUAUGUCCACACCACCGAUGAUUAUGCCGUCUUCAAAUCUUUUCAAGAUAUCAUGCUGCGCAAGGUCCGGGAGAACGGCGUCGAGGUUAAGACGGCGGAGUACGAGUCCAACCACAGUGUCUUUCUGACCAAGCGUGAGGAAAUGGGGCGGGUGGUUGUUGCGGCGGCGCAAGACACGAGGAAUUCGGCGUAA